GUUCAAAUUAUCUUAGGAAUAGCAGAGGGAAAAAAAGGAGAUUGGCCAUGGCAGUUGAACUUAACCAGCAAUAGGAGGUAUAUGAAGAAGAUUGAACUUGUGAAAACAUGACGACUUUUACAAGCUUCACUAUUUGUUUCUUUUGGGAUAUACAGCACAAAAAGUGAAGUAGGAAAGAAGAGGAUUUAGCAAGAUGAUUGGUUUUGUGCUUUUUCUGCAAUGACAUAACUACUAAUGCAGCAUGCAUCAAAGGGGAAAGAUGGAAGCCAUGCGGUAAUGAGAACUGCUACAAACGAGACUUAUCCAAUCCAAGAAGCAUCAUACUGGGGAAUUGGAUCUCGUCUUCCCAUCAUGGGGACAGUCUGCAACAUCUUACAAGAACUAAAGAUCAACCAUUACUGUUUUGAACAAAUGCACAAUUGUUAGAAUCAAAAACAUGUUCAUAUAUCUGUUUAUGGUGAACAAAAGGAAAAAACUCUUGAUAGGAAACAGAGAUUUGACCCUAAAGAUUUUGCUGAUUGUGUGUUCAUUAGUUCUUACUAGGACUACCUAAUAUAUAGAAUGAGAUUAUGUAUGUAUAUUUGUUAAGCAGUUAUAAAAAUCUUUGUGAUCU